GAGCUCCUCUUUCUAUCAUUCCCACAAGGCAGCAAGAGCAGAGAGCAGCCAUUGCUGUGUCUGGAAGCAGACAUUCCAGCAGUGAGGAACCAGAGUCUCUAUUACAUGUCACAUGUUCUCAUCCAUCACUAAGCAUGGACACGGACAGGAGUCACAGGACUGAGAGGAUAAUAAAUAUCACCAUGGAGAUCAUCUACGUGCUGACUGGAGAGGAUUACACAGUAGUGAAGAAGACAUCCAGUGAUUUUGAGACAUGCAGCAGCCGUCCCCGUGUGUCAGGAGGACUGAACAGGAACCGGAGCUCCAUCACGGUUCCUCAACCUUACUCACUGACCAGAAGACCAGAAGAUCCAAUGACCAGAAGAUCCUGGAACUCGCCAACAAGAUUAUUCAGCUGCUGACUGGAGAGGAGUGGGAGUAUAUAGAGGAACACAGGGGUCCGUACAAGGACGUGAUGAUGGAGAAUCACCGGCCCCUCACAUCACUGGAUGGGCCCAGUAACAGAGAUACCCCAGAGAGAUGUCUCUGUCCUCUGUAUUCCCAGGAUUGUACAGAGGAGAAUCACAGGAUCCCACAGGAGGAUCAGGAAGAACGUCUCUCUGAUAUGAAGGCAGAAGAUAUAGAAGAAGAAGAGACGUAUGUGACUGAUAUGAAGGCAGAAGAUAUAGAUGGAGAAGAAGAGACGUAUGUGACGGAUAUAACGACAGAAGAUAUAGAGGGAGCAGAAGAGACGUAUGUGGCUGAUAUGAAGGCAGAAGAUACAGAAGGAGAAGAAGAGACGUAUGUGACUGAUAUGAAGGCAGAAGAUACAGAGGGAGAAGAAGAGACGUAUGUGACUGAUAUAAAGGCAGAAGAUAUAGAGGGAGAAGAAGAGACGUAUGUGACUGAUAUGAAGGUAGAAGAUAUAGAGGGAGAAGAAGAGACGUAUGUGACUGAUAUAAAGGCAGAAGAUAUAGAGGGAGAAGAAGAGACGUAUGUGACUGAUAUGAAGGCAGAAGAUAUAGAGGGAGAAGAAGAGACGUGUGUGACUGAUAUGAAGGCAGAAGAUAUGGAAGGAGAAGAAGAGACGUAUGUGAGGGGUGAUCAGCAGUGUAAGGAGGAGGAAAUUCCUACAGAUAUCAGCACAGCAGAUGGACACACAAGCAGGAACAUCGCAGAAGGACAUCUAAUGUUAUCCCCGGAUUGUGAAAUAAAAGAUAAUGACAGUAGACCGGAUUCUCCAGGAGCUAACCCCAUUACCCCAAUUAUACAUCCAGCUCUAUCAUCUGGUCCCUCUGAUCCUGGGAAAUGUUCUCCUGAUCACUCUGAUAUUGGAGCAUCUGUUACAGCUCUGACAGUAGAUACAGUGUUUCCCUGUUCUAUAGAUGCCAAAUGUUUUACACAGAGCACAAACCUUAUUACCCAUCAACCAGCUAAUGCAGGUGGGAGGCCAUUUCCAUGUUCUGAGUGUGGGAAAAGUUUUACAUACAAAUCACAUCUUGUAAUACAUAAGAGAAUACAUACAGGUGAGAAACCAUAUUCCUGUUCUGAGUGUGGGAAAUGUUUUAUACACAAAUCAACUCUUGUUACACAUCAGAGAAGUCACACAGGUGAGAAGCCAUUUUCUUGCUCUGAGUGUGGGAAAUGUUUUAUACAGAAAUCAGAUCUUGUUAAACAUCAGAGAAGUCACACAGGUGAGAAGCCAUUUUCUUGCUCUAAGUGUGGAAAAUGUUUUACACGGAAAUCAUUUCUUGUUUGACAAUGCUAAAUUCCUUGUCGUAUAAACAACCCUGUAUGAAGCUAAGAACACUGUACGCUGUUUACUUAAGAAGUACCGUAAUGGUACGCUAUUGGCGUAGCGAUCGCUCAGCCGUAGGCGAGACGCUCAAGCGUCACGUUCGCUCACGGCCCAGUGAUCACAGAACACGUUAUUGGCUAUGUCUAGGGGAAUGAUUCGCUGUAGCGUAGCGUACGCUCGAGACCACGAGGAGGUCACCAGCGAUGCAGACGCUCACAACACUAUACCUUUAUGUUAAAACCUUAUACCAAUGAAAUACACUGAAUACCUUAAUGUGAGUACAGGGUGUAAGUGCAACCUUGUGUAACCUGACUAUCUACAAAGCUGCUUGAGCGUCACCGACGCUCAAGUGAACACUUAUCACUAUAGAA